AUGCAAAAGAAAAAGGGUAAAUGGGGAUGGUUCACGCUAAAAAUCGAUCUCGAAAAAGCCUAUGACCGGAUUGAGUGGGCUUUCGUGAGGGAGUGCCUUCUGGACCUUCAUCUGGACCUGCCUGCAAUUGACCUAAUUAUGAGCUGCAUUUCGAGUGCUUCUUCUCGUGUAUUGAUAAAUGGUGGUCAAUAUGAGGAGUUCACUCAUUCCCGAGGGCUUAGGCAGGGUGACCCGAUGUCCCCUUAUCUGUUCAAUAUCUGUCUUGAAUCCUUGACGUGUAGGAUUAAUGAAGCUUGUAUGAACAAAGAUUGGACUCCCUUCUGGGUUGGGCGAAGUCGGGUACCUGUCUCCCAUCUUCUGUUUGAGGAUGACCUCCUUCUUUUUGGCCGUGUGGAUGAGGACACUGCCUUCGCGGUCCGUAUAGUUUUAGAGAGAUUCUGUGAUGAGUCGGGAGAGAAAAUUAAUGAGGCCAAAAGCAAACUGAUUUUCUCUCCAAAUACCCAAAGUGAGCAUAAAAACCUUUUCAUGGAAACCCUUAACAUCUGUGAAACUAAAGAUCUGGGGGUGUAUUUGGGUCUUCCGAUAUCCCACAAGCGCCCUUCUAGAAGUCAGGACUGUAGCAAAAGUAGGGAUGUCUGGGCUUGGCCGGGGAUGCUUGUGAGUAUCAAUGCAGAGUUUAAAGGGUGGCUUAUGGAAAAUAUGCUCUCCAGGGAUCGGUUUUGGGACCUACCUUGGGGAUCUCUCUUCCCUUACCUAUGUCAUGAGAUAUGGAAGGAUAGGAAUGACUGUGUUUUUAACAAGAAGAAUCCUUCCCCUCUUAGAGUUAUAGGAGCUAGGGCUAGGAGAAAGGUGCUCGACUAUAUUGUUAUAGGUUCAACCAGUCUAAUUAGGGAUCCACUCGUUUUGGCCCACUCAAAAGAGUUCUUGAUGAUUCAUGUUGAUGCUUCUUUUGUUGGUCCUAUGGAAGUUGCUGGGAUUGGGGGGGUAAUUCGCGAUGCUGAAGGUAGAUGGCUUUGGGGUUUCGUGAGAAAGAUUUACACUCAUAAUUGUUUUGCAGCAGAACUUCUUGCAAUCCUUGAGGCCCUCUAUCUUGUUGAGAAGUAUAACCUCCCAAAGGCAGCAGACAACCAACAGACCGGAUUUGCAGAUUAA